AUGCUGAGUUUAAAUGAAAUCAUCGUUGACAUCACGGCCCAUGUGCCCGACAACGCCGAAAUUACCCCACCGCCAUUUAACGAAUCACAUGAUCUCGUGACCGCAGUUACUUUAACCUACCCAUUGUUGUCUCGAGCCUUGCAACUAAGGGAUAAGGUCGAAACCUUAGUAUAUGCAUAUUACUUCGGCAUGCUGUUUGCUAACGCCACCAGUGAUCAAAAAGCACGAAUGCGCAAGACAGUAACACCACAUUAUUACCAUACGGCCAUAAAAAUCUACGACGUUUUUGUUUCUCGUGGUGUUCGUCAAGUUUACGGAACCUCAAAAGUGACCUUUCAAGACUUUAGGCGGAUGACGAGCGAACAAGCCCGGCGGCUUGCUUG